AUGGAGACGGAUGAAAUCCCCAUCGAUUCAAUACAUUCAGACGAACCACCGACAAUUUUUGAAACGACAGAAUUCCAUGAAGAGUUCACACUGAAAUCUUUCGAUCUCAUCACAGAAUCGUCUGAAAUAAUAGAAACGGAAAACACAGAAGAACCUUCAAAAAGCAUGUCAGCAUCUGAUGAAACUAAACACGUUAAAACAAUUAACAGUGGAACAUGUUUUCGACUUAUGAUGACAGUCGUGGAAAAGUGGAGUGACGAAUAUCUAAAUAGAAAUAGCGAAAAAUUCAAGACACUUGCGUCAGGUUUAGGAAUGGAACUUAUAGAUUUAAUUGAUAAUUCAAAAGAAUCAACUGAACCCAACAUGACAACGUUUAAACUUGUAGAAGUUGUCCCAUCGAAAGAUUCGCCAGAUAAAAUUUAUGUAACAUUUAUUGUGACAUCUAAGAAUGAAAUCAGCGGUGAAGACUUGAGCAUCGCAGUUUCAACUCAAAUUAGUUUGUAUCAAAGUAUCUACGAGUACAGUGCAACAAGUGAUGGAUUUGUCGUUGAGAAUAUUUCUGAAGAAAUCGCUGAAAGUUAUGAUGUUGAGAAUAUUGCUUGUAAUUCAGGUGAACGCUUUCAUUUUGCAUUGAACGCAACAUCGAAGGAAUCGUUAGAACAACCACGAGAAAUGCACGAACCGGUGGAAAAUCUUGAAUUUCAUUCAAACUUGCAAUGCAAGCAGGAAAAGAUUGAACGUGGAUCAACAUCGAUUUAUAUUUUUGACAGUCAACAAAAUUGUGCUGACUCAGUGAGAAGAAAGUUUUCCGAAAACAAUUUAAAAGAAUUAAACGAUGGAGAAUACGAAGAUGACAUGAUGGCUGACGAAGCGGAAAAGGAAGACAAAAACAAGAACUUCGAUUGUGAAAAGAAUUUUAAAUCAUCGAUCGAUGAGAAAAACUUUGCUGAUGAAACUGUAAUUGUUAUCAGAAAACGUGGAAAUAAAGUUUUUGUUGAAUUGUGA